AUCCACGCCACAUAGGAGACACACAAUAUUGCAACCCAACCCCCGAAAGAAAUCCAAAUUGGAAAUACAUUCUCAAUCCCACCGAGGAAGGAGAGGAGGGGAGAAGGAGAAUGGCGGCCGAGGAGGGCCUGGUGAUCGCGUGUCACAGCAAGGCGGAGUUCGACGCCCAGAUGACUAAGGCCAAGGACGCCGGCAAGCUGGUGAUCAUUGACUUCACUGCUUCCUGGUGCGGUCCUUGCCGCUUCAUCGCCCCGGUGUUUGUUGAAUAUGCCAAGAAGUUCCCUGGUGCUAUCUUCCUGAAGGUUGACGUUGACGAGCUGAAGGAGGUUGCCGCAUUCUAUGCUAUUGAGGCGAUGCCGACCUUCCUCUUCAUCAAGAAUGGCGAGAAGGUUGACACCGUCGUCGGUGCCAGGAAGGAGGAGCUCCAGGCCAACAUUACGAAGCACCUUGGCGCCGCGUCUGCCUAAUCAGACAGCAACAACAUCCACCAAUAAGAGCCUGCGCAUGGUUUGAAUGUCGCUGAACUUCGCGUGGAUUCAGCUCAGAGUUUCGUCGGCGUGGCACCGGAUAUUGUCCUAAAUAACCUGAUGUCGCUAUAGGUGCUUGUGAUUGUGAAGUUUGAAUCUGAGUGUCUUUUGACUUUUCUGGUUGAAUGUUA